AUGCCUGGAGGCGUUUGCGCUGUUCUCGACUACGAUGUCGAGCUCAUGGCCGACUAUGUUUCCGAGAUGGCCACCCGCGUGGUGAUGCCACGGAACACGGUGAACCCGGCUUUCCGGAAGUACGUUUCGGGGAUACUGUCUUCGACUCGUCUUCCCCGGACUACCAUUCUGCUCGGUCUCAACUACCUCGCCAAGCGCAUCAACAUGAUGCCCGCUGGUGCAGUCCAGAACGAGGGCGAGAUUUGGGGUCUCCUGACCAUCGCUCUUCUUCUCGGAAGCAAGUUUCUUGAUGACAACACUUUCCAGAACAAGUCUUGGUCGGAGGUCAGUGGCAUCCCAGUUCGCGAUUUGAACACUCUGGAAUACGAGUGGUUGGCUGCCAUCGGCUGGGUUCUCUACGUCAAUCUGGACGAGAGCAAAGACUACAAUGCCUGGCUCGACAAUUGGACCGAGUGGAAGGAGACCAAGAAGCGUCAGCAGCACCAGGCCAGCCGCGAACGUCUUGCUGCUCUCGUCACCCCCAUCGAUACCGACGUUUCCCGUGCCCGCAACCAGCACGUGUACUCCUCUUGGCAUCAGCAGCAAGUUGCCGAGUAUGAGCGCCUGUCGAGCAUGAAGCGUGGCCAGGCUACCCCUCCGGCCUACAGACACGAGCAAGCCUCGUGGGGUUAUAUGGCGUGGCCUCAGCCUACUGCUCCCUUGACGCCUCCCGAUUCUGGCUACGGCACUCCCGAGUAUACCAACUCGGCUACUUCUUGCAACUCGCACUACGCUGAGUGGUUUGACCGCGCCAUUGUCGGUGGCUCCAACACCUCGAGGCACUAUCAGCAACCCGCACCCGCUUACAGCGGAUACCGCCACGCUGGGCAGAACACCCGCAAUGCCGGCAAUUAUGGCGGCUUUUACAGCCACAACAUUUGGGAACACCCCGGCCCCGACUGCACCUGCAGCAGUUGCGUUUCGGUUCACAAGCAGCCCUCCUAUUUCUUCGCUCACAGCUAUGGCCAGCCUGUCGCUGGCUAA